AUGGUUUGUGGGACCCUCGUUUACUACCACUGCGCUUAUGGAAACUCCAGCCUAGUCUCUUUGGUCUCCGACGUCUUCAUCGUCAUCCUCUGCUCUCUUGCCAUCCUCGGCCUCCUCUUCCGCCAGAUGAACAUCUCGGUGCCUGUGGAUCCCCUAGAAUGGCAGAUAUCUCAGGAUACUGCCAACAGCAUAUUUGCGUGCCUGGCUAAUACCAUAGGUGCAGCCGAAUCUGUUUUGAGAGUUGCGGCAACGGGUCAGGACAAGAGGUUGUUUCUCAAGGUGGUUGCCAGUCUCUACAUGCUAUCAGCUUUGGGAAGACUAGUCUCAGGCGUUACAGUUGCUUAUGCUGGAUUAUGCUUGUUUUGUCUCUACAUGCUUGCUGAGAACUGCCGGUUGAUCAGUGCUUGUUUGUUGCCUUUGCUUGGGAGAAGAGAUUACACAAAUCAAGUGCAGGAAAACACAUAG